CGGUGAAAUCAUUUUAUGGUAAAAGAGCUACCCUCUUUCUGUAAUUUCCUUCUCCUUCUUCGAAUCUCAUUUUCUUCUUCUUUCAUUGUGGACAACAAUCCGUUCACAAUUCCCCUCGUUCAUCCAAACCAUCAGGCAAUUCUGCCUUCUCUGUAUAUUUGCGCAACUGUUCAAAUGGAAGAGGGUGCCCCUGAUGUGAGGAGAUGGGAGGACCUGGACACUGAUGUAUUGGUGAAAAUCUUCAUGUCUUUUGAUAUCUCGGAGUUGACUUCAGGCAUUGCUCACGUUUGCAGUGCAUGGCGUUUGGCUUGCUGUGAUCCACUGCUCUGGAAAACUCUUGAUUUGUCAAUGUUGAGAUCAUAUUCCAUCCCAAUUCCAGAUAAGCCAUAUGUUUUUGUGGGUGAGUCUUCUGAUAAGACAUUGACACGUCUCUUGAAGAUUUCCUUGAAUCUCAGCCGGGGAGGCAUUAGAACCUUGGUUUUUCGCUUCAAUUUGUAUGUAAGCAACGGACAAUUGACUUAUACAGCUGAAAGGUGCCCCCAGCUCAGGCGACUUGUUAUGCCAGCUUGGAACAGAAUAAAGAAGGCUGGAAUUUGCGAGGCUAUUCGUGCAUGGAGAUAUCUUGAAUCCCUGACAAUGCCUAGCAUAGCAGACCCCUCUUAUCUUUUAAAGGAAAUAAAAGAUAACUGCAAGAACUUCUGUGAACUCAAGGUCAUGGGUCCGUUUGACGUUGUCUUUGCUUCUUCAUUAGUCAAGUUUCUUCCAAACUUGAAGGUUUUGAGCCUCAGAUGCACAAUGAUAUUUAAGGAUGCCCUGAUGCGUUUAUUAGAUGGCCUACCAAACCUGGAAGUCCUCAACAUAUCACAUAGCCUUAUUGUAGAAGCUCCACUGCUUCCAGCACCAGCACCCAGAAUAUUUAUUACAGAGCUUGAUAGAACUAUCCUUGAAAAGGCUGCUCGAUUACGUGAAUUCUUAACAUGCAUGGAGGACUCAUGCAUCAUGUGCCAGCGAACUCGAGCUGACGAAGGGCUUAUGAGGUGGUACAAGUACGAGGAAGGCCUAUGGAAAAUGGACGAGGCCAGGUCUCUUUCUCUUUGAUUAGGAUGCCACAGAGACUGUGAUAUAGCUGAUGUACCUCGUCUUAAGGUCGACAACUUCCAAGUACAUACCAAUGAUCUUUUCCCAUCGGAAAAGUAUCAUUGAUCUGUGUUAGAGCUAAAGUUUAUGUGAGAAGGAAGAAUACUGCCAGGUCAGCAAGGGCAGAGUCUACAAAGGUGACUAAUCAAUGAUUAACUGUUGCAAAGCCUCAAGAAAUGGAGCAAGUAGCAGAGAGCCAUUCCUCUAUAGUUAGUACAACAGUUCCCCAACUAAUACCAGAGAUUGCAGAGAAAUCAAGAAAUGAGGUGGAACCAAGAGAAGAGAAAAAGGACUGCAAAAGAAGAGUGGGUAUAUCAGCCUUCGGGAAGGAAGAGAAAGGCAAUAAAAAAUUAGAGAAUUGGUGAAAAAGGGAGAGAGCCAGCCUCUAGAUGGGUAGAAGUUAUUAGUUGUAAUUGCUGUAUUUUGUAUUAAUUUGCUGUAGUUGGGAUAUUUUGUUGGUUGCAUUUUGGGAACUAAGUGAAUGUAAAUAUAAACUCAUACAUGAAUCCAAUUGAAGUCCAAUCUAUGCAAUUUUAUAUUCCAAUA